GUGAUGUUCCUCCCCUCCUCUCUCCCCCAGGCUCCAGUCCCAGGACCAAGCUGCGUGCAGUCAUACUAGACCCAGAGGUGGUGUUUGUGGCUAACCUGAUGAGAGCCGACGCUCCGGCGCUGGUUGCGUCCUUCCAAUGUGACUUCAGUCUGAUGCUAGAGCCUGGGGGAGGGCCCGGGGCCCCUGGGGGACAAAGCAUGACGGCCAACCUCAGAGAGCUCAAAGUUCUGGCCUGUCCCUUCAUCAGGACCAAUGAGACCAAGGUGGUCACCACGGUGCUACGUCCGUGUUCUGUCUUCCUGGAAACCAAAACCCACCCCAACCAACCCCUUACCGGCUGUGUGACUGUGGAGGAAGUCAUUAUCAAAAUCUCCCCUGUCAUCCUGAACACAGUGAUGACCAUCACGGCAGCCAUGACGGCGAAACCUAAAGACGAGGCAGCAGAGGAGGAGAAGACUGAGGUCGGCAACCUGUGGUCCACCAUGAACAUCUACGCCUGCAACUACUGGUUCCUGGGAGUGGACUCUGCCAGCGAGGUGACGGAGAGUUUCAGUGACCAGGACGGCCGUAACUUUGGGGAGAGUUUCAAGGUGGAUGUGAAGGUUAUUCAGGUGACCAUGGAGUCUGGUCUGGGCCACAGGACGGUCCCCCUGCUGCUGGCUGAGAGCUCUCUGUCUGGGACGGCCAAGAACUGGUCCUCCCUCCUCUACCUCUGCUCUGACAUGACCCUGGAGGUGAACUACUUCAAUGAGACCCAUGCUGUCUGGGAACCGCUGAUAGAGAGAGUGGAGGACGGCAAACGCAGGUGGAACCUCAAGCUAGAGAUGAAGAACAACCCCGUGCAGGAUAAGAGCCCUGUUCCCGGGGAUGACUUCGUGGUUCUCCCCGAGCCACGCACCGCCAUCAACAUCUGUUCCAAAGACACCAUGAACAUCACCGUCUCUAAGUGCUGCCUCAAUGUAUUAACCAACCUGGCCAAGGCAUUCUCUGAGGGCACAGCCUCUACCUUUGACCACAGUCUGAAGGAGAAGGCCCCCUUCACCAUCCGUAAUGCGCUGGGCAUCCCUCUCACCGUGCAACACAGUGCCAACCUGCGGGUGGUGGCCUCCCCUGGGCAGGGCAAGCUCCACGAGGUGGGGGUAGGGCAGAGCGUGGACCUGGAGUACUCUGCGUCGGGAACCUCGACACGGGGCAAACUGUCUGCUUUGCAACGCCAGGAGAGCUGCCUCUUCAACCUCAGCAUCGCUCCUACAGGUUACAGUGAGAUCUCCAACAUGGCGGUGGAUCAGCCUGGCAGGAGGCUGUAUAACGUGAGAGAUCCCGUGCUGCAGGAGAACGUGUCUGUGUUGGUACAGAUUGACGCCUCAGAAGGAAACAAGGUCAUCACCGUCCGUUCUCCGCUACAGAUCCAGAACCAUUUCUCAGUGCCGUUUACCAUCCUGAAGUAUUGUCCCAAAUCCAGAGGGAUGGUUAAUAUAGGACUGGCAGAGCCCGAGAAAGAGUCUGAUGUAGCCCUGGACUCCUACAGGUGUCAGCUCUUCCUACAGCCAGCUGGGCACCUGGAGGGCCAGUAUGGCCCGUCGUCUACCUGUAUCGCCUGGAAGGAGCAGGUCCACCUGAGCUCUGAGGUGCGGUCCCUUCUCCAGUGUCCGUCGGCAGACAGCAGCUUCCUGCCCCUCCAGGUGACCACCUUGGCCACACCAGAUCACCUGUCCUUCAUUUCCUCCCAGCGAGACGACGACUGGGACCCUGCCUACGUCAUCCACCUCCACCCAGCUGUGACCCUCCGGAACCUUCUGCCUUACAGCAUCAGAUAUCUACUGGAGGGCUCAGCAGAGUUCCAUGAGCUCCAGGAGGGCAGCACGGCAGACGUCCUGAACGCCCGUAUAGGAGGUGAGAUCAUGGAGAUGGUCCUGGUUAAAUACCAGGGUCGGAAUUGGUCCGGACGUAUCCGUAUCGCCCAGGACAUGCAGGAGUUCUUCCCCGUGUGCUUCACCUGCGACUCGGCCGAGAAGCUGACCGUGGAUCUGAGCGUGCACGUGGCGCGGCUGCAUGGACGUCUGACGCUGGCUGUGUUCAGCCCGUACUGGAUCGUCAAUAAGACGUCCAGGGUUCUGCAGUACCGCGCGGAGGACGUCUCCGUCAAACAUGCGUCGGACUUCAGGGACGUCGUCCUCUUCUCCUUCAAGAAAAAGAACAUCUUCAGUAAGAACAAGCUGCAGCUCUGUGUGUCCACCAGUUCCUGGUCUGAUGGCUUCUCAUUGGAUACGGUGGGGAGUUAUGGGUGUGUCAGCUGCCCUGCCAACACCAUGGACUAUCUGGUUGGCGUCAGCAUUCAGAUGAGUAGUUUCAACCUGACCAAGAUGGUGACCAUGAGUCCGUUCUUCACGCUGGUCAACAAGUCUUCCUACGAGCUGGAGGUGGGAGAGGUGCAGACAGAGGAGGGCAGCGUCAACGGGAAGUGGCACUACAUCUCCUCUACAGAGUGCCUCCCCCUCUGGCCAGAGUUGAUCACAGGGAAGCUGUGUGUCAGGGUCGUGGGCUCAGACUCCAAGUCCAAGUCCUUCUUCUUCAACAAGCAGGACAACGGCACCCUGCUGGGCAUGGAUCAGUAUGGAGGUGUGAUAGUCGAUGUGAACAUCUCAGACAACUCUACUGUGAUCAGCUUCACUGACUACUAUGAUGGAGCUGCUCCAGCUCUCAUAGUCAACCACACACCCUGGGUUGUCAUCACCUACAGACAGAGCGGUUCCACAGAGAGCAGAGCGCUGAAUCCAGGAGAAGCCCAGAGGUUUGCCUGGGACAACCCUGCAAGGGUCCGCAAACUCAGCUGGAAGUGUCAGGAGCACAGCAGUGGAGACCUGGACCUGGUUAAGGAUGAGUGUGGUCAGUUUGCGUACGACGGUCUAUCCCAGGUCCACUGGGUGUCCUUCCUGGAUGGUCGCCAGCGCGUGCUGCUCUUCACCGAGGACGUUGCCGUGGUGACCAAGGCGCGGCAGGCGGAGGAGCUGGAGCAGUUCCAACAGGAAGUGAACGUGUCGCUGCAGAACCUUGGCCUGUCGCUCGUCAACAACGACAACCGCCAGGAGAUCGCAUAUGUCGGCAUCACCAGCUCUGGUGUGGUGUGGGAGAUGAGACCUAAGAGCCGAUGGAAGCCUUUCAACCAGAGGAAUAUCAGGCUGUUGGAGAAGGCCUACCAGAAACACCUGGCUGGAGGCACACCUGAACCCGGCUGGGUCAAACUGGAGACCAACAUAGAGGUGAACUUUGGGAAGGUUCCCAUGGUGAUGCGUCAGCCCUUUUCCAGUACUAUCAGGAGGAACUUCCUGUCUGGGAUUCAGGUGGAGUUUAAACAGUCGCCUCAUCAGAGAAGUCUCCGGGCCCAGCUACACUGGCUACAGGUAGACAACCAGCUGACUGGAGCUUUAUUCCCCAUUGUGUUCCACCCUGUUCCUCCUCCAAAGUCCAUCGCUCUGGACUCAGAACCAAAGCCUUUUAUGGAUGUCAGCAUCAUCACCAGGUUUAACCAACACAGUCAGGUCACGCAGUUCAAGUACUUCAUGGUUCUGGUCCAGGAGAUGGCUGUGAAGAUUGACCAGGGAUUCCUGGGAGCCAUCUUGGCCCUGUUCACCCCAGCUGCCGAAUCGCAUGUGGACAAACAGAAGACCAAGCUGAUAGAGAAGGACUUGGCGAUGUUACAGGCUGAAUUGAUGGAGGCGUCCAUGACCGACAACUCAGGCCUCAGCUUCUUUGAAUACUUCCACAUCUCCCCCAUCAAACUACACCUCAGUCUGUCUCUGGGCUCUAGUGGAGACGAGUCUGGUCAACAGGAGAUGAUGGCCAUCCAGUCAGUCAACCUUCUGUUGAAGAGUCUUGGAGCGACACUGACCGACGUAGAUGACCUCAUCUUCAAACUUGCCUACUAUGAGGUAAACUACCAGUUCUACAGGACAGAGAAGCUGAUGUGGGCUGUGAUUAGACAUUACAGUGAGCAGUUCCUGAAACAGAUGUAUGUAUUGGUGCUGGGCCUGGAUGUCCUGGGGAACCCGUUCGGCCUGAUCAGAGGCCUGUCUGAAGGAGUGGAGGCCUUCUUCUAUGAGCCCUUCCAGGGAGCCGUUCAGGGACCUGAGGAGUUCGCUGAGGGCUUUGUGAUCGGAGUACGCAGUCUACUGGGCCACACUGUCGGUGGCGCUGCAGGCAUGGUGUCCCGUAUUACGGGGUCGGUGGGUAAAGGACUGGCUGCCAUCACCAUGGAUAAAGAGUACCAGCAAAAAAGACGGGAGGAGAUGAACAGACCACCCAGAGACUUUGGAGAGAGUCUGGCCAAGGGAGGCAUGGGAUUCUUUAAGGGGGUCGUUGGUGGGGUAACAGGCAUCGUCACCAAACCUGUGGAAGGGGCCAAGAAGGAGGGAGCGGCGGGGUUCUUCAAGGGCAUAGGGAAGGGUCUGGUGGGGGUGGUGGCCAGGCCGACAGGGGGCAUCGUAGACAUGGCCUCCAGCACCUUCCAAGGCAUACAGAGGGUGGCAGAGUCAACAGAGGAAGUGACCAAGCUGAGGCCGGUCAGACUGAUCCGAGAGGACGGAAUCAUCCGACCUUACGACCAGGAGGACGCCAAGGGAUACGACCUUUUCCAGAGGUCAGAGAUCAAGCAGCUGGAAGGAGAGAUCUUCAGAGAACACUGUUUGUACCCUGGACACAGGAAGACCAACGUCAUAGUGACCAACAGGAGAGUGAUGUGUGUGAAGGAGGUGGAGUUUGUGGGUCACUUCAACAAAGAGUGGGAGUGUCUGUUUGAGCAUUUCUCAAGGCCUCCGUACGUGGAAGGAGGAGACCUGAUGAUCUACUGCAAGGAACAGAACAAGUUGAAGUUCCAAAAGAGAGAUGGACAGGAACCCAUGAGAGUGCUGCACCUCAAGAACCCUGCCACUGCCCAGAAACUGUGUGAGGCCAUAGAGCAGGCCCAGUCGGCCCAGAGGCAGCAUCGGAUGGUGAAGCAAAAAUCACAGCGCUUUCUCAAACUGGGAGACAAGUGUUGAUGUCAUCGCCGGCCCGGAACGAUGUCAUGGUUACCCAGAAUGAUGUCCUGGUUACCCAGAAUGAUGUCCUGGUUACCCAGAAUUAUGUCAUGGUUACCCAGAAUUAUGUCAUGGUUACCCAGCCUGACGUGAUUACUACUCAGUAGGUGAUCAACACCCAGAAUGAUGUCAUAGUUACACAGGCUGACGUGAUCACUACUCAGUAGGUGAUCACCACCCAGAAUGUCACCACUGCUCAGCCAGUACACUGUUCCUGCCCAACACACUGCUACUGUACUGCCCAGCCCAACACACUGCUACUGUACAGCCUAACACACUGCUACUGUACAGCCUAACACACUGCUACUGUACAGCC